AUGCCUCGGGAAGGAUCCCCUUUCGCCGGGAUACGUACACUCGUCCGUCAACAAUACCCCACCGACGCCCCGACUACGUGCCAUUCCUUUCCACGCGUGACCUCGAAAGAAGAGGAAGGGGAUAAGCGCUACGAAGAAAGAACGGAAUUGUGUCUCCCCGCUGAGCUCAUCGGUCUCAUCUUCGAACAUACUCUCCCUGACAAACCAAGCCUCUCAUCGUCCAAACCUCCACUCUCGCUUACGCAAGUAUGCCGGUCCUGGCGUGCGAUCGCCUUCGACACACCACGUAUAUGGGCGACUAUCCUUAUUCCUGAUUGGCAAGAGCUUCCGAAGAAUGCUUGGGAACUUGUGAAGCUUUGGGUGGAAAAAUCUGGAGAGGCGCCGCUCGAUAUAGAUAUCAGCUUGUUCAAUGAAGAUGUUAUGGUCUUCCCAGAUCCAGACACACUGAAUGAACUGCAUGAAUUCCUAAAGAAAGUGCUAGAAUUCCUCAAACCGCAUCGAGCAAGGAUGUUAAGAUUCCGAGGCGUCUUCCCUGAGUUCCUCAUGGAAGAGGUAGGAGUAUCUGAGAUGGUGAAUGCCGAACAUGUGUACUACUGCGGGAUGCUGGGAGAUAAGAUUGCAACUGAGGGAAUGGAAGACAGCGAAAUUGACAUGCUGACGAACAAAUUGGACGUUGGGCCCCAGCGAGAUGCGCUCCGAUCCCUUGCCAUCUGUGGGUGCGCAGCAAACAUCAGCUCCGUCCAGCUACAAAAUCAGCUCACGCACAUCGAGCUUCUUGACUUACAUCGCGGCGGGGAGAUCUGUCAGGAGACGGCCUUCCAGCUUAUGCAAAAUAUGCCGAAGCUGAAGAACUGCAUCUUGGACCUCACACGAUUCGAGCGGCAAGAUUGGACGCCCCCCGAGAGAUGCAUAGUGUUGGAAAACCUCGAAUUACUCUUCCUUUCCUGGGUCUUCCCUGCAGAUAUCGACAACUUGCUUCGUUGCAUAUCUGCCCCCAAGCUUACCAAACUUGGUUUGCGCGGUACUCCGAUGGUACCGCAACGGCCUUGGACCGGGUUGCACGAUUUCCUCGAGGCGUCCAAGGCACCCAUCGAGCGCGUCUCGCUCGGCGAUUUCAGUUCCGUUGACGUACAAUACCUCCGGUGUUUCGCACAUCUCCCGAACCUCGUUCACCUUACGCUCAACCACUGUGAAAUACACGACAGUAUAUUCCAUGCUCUCACCUGCACGGAUCCAGAAUGGAAUUCGAGUCUCCUUCCAAACCUCCAGAUAUUCAACAUGGGUGUCUGCGAGGGAUUCGAAGUGGACAGCUUGGUGAACUUCCUCAAAAGCCGUGCAAAGGACACACCCGAAGGUGUGUUACAGAUGACGGAGGUGGCAAUUAUGUAUUGCAUGAAGGUCACAGAGUCAGUAGCACCCAGGCUUCAUGAGUGCGGCAUCGAGAACCUGAUAUUGGAGGCAGCCGAAGAUGACUCCGUGUAUCCCUAUGCGAGAGUAGUCGAGACUCAUCGAGAGCUACUUGCUGUGCUCUACCAGGCCGGAGAGGAUGAGCUCCCACCGUUCCCGGAGCUCGAAGAGAUGGAAGGUGGAGAAGAUGGAGGAGACCCAGAAAACAGCAUGCAUGUGGAUGAAAAUGAAGGACAGCCUGGGAACGAAGAUAGACACGAAAGGGGCGCAGAGAGACCAGCUGACGCGGCAUAA